AUGCUCUGCCCGUCCCCGGGGGGUCCUUGGGAAGCCAAGCGCCUGGGGGAGCGGGUGGUGGAAGGCCGCUGCCCUGGCCUGGACUGGGCCCACACGCCGCUGUGGGACGCCUGGGUUGUCUGCUGCUGCCCUCGGCGGAAGGUGACGGACCGCGGGGAUGCCUGGCUCUUCAAUGACACCCAUGCCUCCCGGAGCCUCACGGCCAGAGGGCGGUGGGAGCCAAAGUCAGGACUGCGCAGUGGCGUCCGCAUGUGGACAGAGGUGCUCGGCCUCCGCCGCGGAUUUCCAGCUAGUCCCCUGGUCUGUGGCCGCCCCAGCCAGGAUCGCAGCCUCAGCCCGGCGGCACAGCUGGCUUUCCUCACUCACUCGCCACUGAGAUUGCUGCUCACUAUUGACAUCACUGCUGCUGAGCCCGAGUCUUGUGCCUUCUGCUCUAAAUCAAAUCAGCCUCUGGCAGUGAAGCUUCUGGUUUCCGUGGCCUGCACACUGCUGUCCUGUUCGGGCGAUGUCCCAGCCGAGCCUGGAGUGGGGAGAUGGAAGCAGUUCCAGUUGUGGGGGCGUCCUGCCUGCUGGGGCCAGACGCAGCCUCCUGUUCCACCUGGGGCCAUUGGGGACCGCUCGCCCACCUUCCUGCCUCUGUGCCUGUCGCUGCUCAUGUGGCAUCAUGAACGACGCAGGGCACGCUGCUACUCAGCUCUGCAGUCCUGCGCUCACUCGGUGCUGGGGGAGGAACUGGCCCCCCGACCUGGAACCUGCUCCACCCCCAGCCCAGCCAGGACCGUGACGCCUGCCUCCCCUCGUGACAUCCACUCAAUGCUCCUGCUGGCCCGGAUGCUGGACACCUUCGUCCCCUCGAUGCCUGAGAACCAGCCUUAG